AUGUUACGACAGCAUUUGGCCUCUGGGACUAUACCCGUAGACCAGGAAGUUAGGAUGCGCCAAGAAGCAGCGGAGUUCCUCAUCCAACACUACAACCAGCUCCAGCAGCCACAGUUCAUCCAUGAUGCCAUUGAGCACCUCGAGAUCAUCCUUCGGCGGAUCCCUCAGGAUUCACCAGACCGUGCGAAAUACCUCAACAGGCUGUCUUACGCGAAGAUGACCGAGCACAUGAUUACCAGCGUCCAGCGCUCGCUCGACCAGGCCGUGCGAUACGGACGGCAGGCAAAGGAAGUCGCCGAGGCGACCCGUCUUCUUGACCGGCAAGUCUCUGUGUACUUUGAGAUCCUAUCCAACUACGGAUUUGCCCUGUCCCAUCGCUACGCGCUCUUGCAGCAGAUGGAGGACCUGAACGACGCUAUCGCCUGCGCGAGGACCAUCGUGGACUCGGCGCCGAAGGAUUCAGAACCCUACGAGAUCACGCUCAACAACCUUGCAUCGCGCCUGCGCAUGAGGUACGGUCGCAGCGGACACUCUAAGGACAUCGACGAGGCCAUCGCACUGGUGCAGAAAUCGCUGUCGCUAUCGGCCAAGGGAACGGUGCCGUACGGCGUCGCGCUGGGUCAGCUGGGCAUGAUCACUGCGGACAAGUUCAAGCGUACGCAGUCACUGCAGGAUCUUCAGGAUGCAAUAUCGCACUGCACAGAGGCCGUCAAGGCCCUGCCUCCGACCGUCGAGACUAGGGUUGAUCUGUUCCGGCAGAUUAUCCAGCUUUAUGAUCAGAGAUAUCGCAUCACAAAGGACACAGCCGACCUAACCGAGCUUGCAAACUACUCGGGAUCGUUGUUCAAGGCGAUUCCGGGAGGCCACGCGGCACGCGGGCAGUUCCUGCUAGACCACUGUCUUCAUCUCCAGAACCAUCUCUUUACCGCUCCAACGCUCCCUCUGGAGGAAAAAUACGUCAGCCAAAUCCAGCUUUUCGUCAGCAUGAUGCCUCAAGACUUUGUUGAGAAGUUCAAGUGCCAGUCUGUCAUGGUCAACAUCUUUGGCCAGCGAUACAUCCUCACACACAAGCUCGAAGACUUGCGCUUCCUAGCCGAUUUUACUCGGACCGUGCUUGAGGAACACAACAGCAAGAGCGAAACCAUGAAUCCUCCCAAACCCAAGUACGACACGAAAUGGCUGCAGGACCUAAUCAACAACUUGCGGACAUGCUGUGGAGCAGCAGCAGGAAAUCCGAUGCGAGCAGCUCUCGAAAAGGACGUUUAUGAGAUCUUCGACAAGCAGUACAUAAUCCAGCACGCUGCCCUAGAUGCGAUGAUUGUGCUCUGCGAGAAGCGCGAUGUGCGUCUCCAGGUCAUCUCGCUGGCUGUACAAGCAGGACGCACUCUGUCAGAGGCGGACAUCGACGCCGAGGUGGCGAACCGCAAGGCGUGGACGGAGACAGAGCCCAAGAAAGCAGAGGCAUCGAGGUAUCGUCCUCCAGAGUACAAGACUGAGCUUGGGCUCCGCAAACUAGCAAUUGACCCAGAGACCAAACACAUCGUCAUGGAUCUCAGCAACAUGCUGGAGAGUGUCCUCGGCUACGAUCCUACGGAGAAGGUCACACCGCAGGAAGCCGUAGCCAGGGAAGCUCGGAUGGAGAAACAGGCAAUUCAGAAAGCUCGUGAUCAAGGACGACAUCCCAAUCUGAAGCUGUGCCGGAUGUGCCGCGAUCAUACCAAACCGAUUCAACUAGGCCAAGGCGGGUUCGAGCUAACAGCCAAAGACUCUCUUUAUCCCUUUGGCAACUACUUCCAGCUCUCCCAAAGGAAGUCCAUAUGCGUCUUGUGUCGCUCCAUUUUGUCGAUCAUCGAGGCUAGGCUUGGGGUUCUGCACCCAAGACUUGCCGCUAUUGAUCGGGAAAUCCAAGGAACCCGGCUGUCCAGUGGGACAUUGAGAAAUGGGGAGAAGGUAAUGAGGAUCGACUACGGCAUGAGACAAGUUGGUGAGCUGAGGCUGGUCACACCCAAGACGUAUCAAGCAGCACUCCGCCAGGGCUGGUGCCUCGACCCGUAUACCUCAUUUGAUGCCGCUCUGAACGGUCAUGGAAGCCCGAUCCAUGACCCUCACGACCAACGCAUUAACCUUGAAAUCAUCAAGGCGUGGUUACAUAUCUGCGAUCACAGCCAUGGGACGCUCUGCAAUACAGCAAAGUCCGAGGUGCGAGCCGACACAGCAAUACCAAUGAACUUCAUUGACGUGAGUCGGGACUGCCUCGUCAGCGCGACCUCCCAUGAGAAGUACUUCGCCCUGAGCUACGUAUGGGGCCGGGUCGAGAUGUCCAAGACGGUCAAAUCCAAUUUUGAGCAAAGGCAGCAGCCCGGGGGCUUGGGCACAAAACAUCUUCCGGCCACCAUUAGAGACGCGGUUGAGUUUGUUGCCGCACUGAGCGAGCGUUAUCUCUGGGUCGACGCCAUCUGUCUUGUCCAAGAUGACCAGGACCAGAUGCAGCGGGACAUCCCGCGCAUGGAUAUUGUGUAUGGAAGGGCGUUUGCCACCAUUGUCGCCCUGGGUGGGGACGAUGCCAAUGCUGGUCUGCCUGGUGUCUAUCCAGGGACUCGGCCCCCUCAAACCGUCGAGCAACUGCUCGUGUCGAAGCGGUCGACAGAGCUUGAUGACGACCCUCAAGACCCAAAUCGAGAAGUAUUAGGCUUAGUUGCAGCACCGCGCGCUUUUUACUUGGAAGUCGAGCUCUCCAAGUGGAAUUCACGUGGAUGGAUCCUGCAAGAGCGCCUCCUGUCCCGACGCUGCAUCUACUUCUCGCCAAGUGCUGUAUACUUCCAAUGUGGACAGGACACACUCUGUGAAGGGGGCUCCAAUGAAGAGUAUACUUCGUUCAUGCUCGGCAGGGUAGCCCUUGACGACAACCAUGUGAUGAAGAAAUCCAAUCACGACAAUCCGCUGUCUGACAUUGACGCCGUCUACCGCAUGAGACCAGAGCAACGCACGAGGUCAGCAUUCCAGACUUACAAGGCGCUGCUCGAGACGUACAGCAAGCGGGAGUUCUCAUUCAAGUCUGACAUUCUCAACGGGUUCGCCGGCAUGUCCGCAGUGCUUAGCGAACUGCUCGAGGGCCCGACGCUACAUGGGCUUCCGACUGCUGUGUUCAGUCACGCACUUCUGUGGACGCCGAAUGGUAGACUCCCGCGCCGCGGAGCCAGUCUACCCACCAUGGUGAACUUUCAGCCUGGCAAACCCGAUAGAAACUUUCCUAGCUGGUCAUGGGUCGGAUGGGACGGGCCAGUCGAGUACCGCUUGUUUGACGAAGCCAACGGGAACAUCAUCUUCCCCAAGCCUCUGGUGCGCUUGUUUGAGCUCGAGGACGAAGGCGACCGUCAGGUCAUUGAGGUGAAAGGUUACAUUGAGAAACCUGCUCCAGGUGUCAUCUCUGCGCCCGACUCUACCGACAUAGGCACUACAACCGGUGGCCCAUCUAAUGCCAUGUCUGCAACAGAGGAAGCAAAGAAGCAAGUCCUCGCAAAGAUCGUCCCUGACCUCGACCGCAACUCGUCCUGGGUCGUCAUGCCACCGGUACGGCCAGCGGAGCCAGUCUCCACGACCCCACCCAGGAACAUCCUCCGCUUCAAGGCUCGCACUGUGCCCCUCACGGCUUUCAAGGUCACGCCGCGCAAGGAGUAUCUCAGCGUGAGGACGCAUAUCCACGUGCGAGGAGACCAAGCCGUCCGGCGCAUCGUCGACCGCAGCGGGAAGCACUGUGGUCUGUGGUGGGACCAGGCUGGCUACGGCUAUGUGGGCAUGGGUAUGAGCGCCGAGGCCGAGGGCCAGAUGGUCAUGGCCGCGAUCUCAGAGUAUGAGAACAUCUACUGGCGCCGCAAGGGCCCGAAUCGUGUGGAAGGGGAGAUACGGAUGUUUGACGACGACGUCUAUCCUGCAACGGGUGCUGGCAGUGGUAUAGUCAAUGUCCUAGUUGUUGAUCAAGACAUGGGACAUCCAGACAAGAUUGGGGAUAGGUGUACAGUGGCGGUGAUACAUCAGAAGGCUUGGGAAGAGGCCGGGCCUCAAGAGGCUGAGAUACAGGUGGCAUAA